AUGGGGCCGGGCCGGGCCCGCUCCAGUAGGCUGAGCCGGGCCGCGUUUCCGAAGGGGUUCACGUUCGGAACCGCGGCGUCGGCUUAUCAAGUAGAGGGCAUGGCCCUCAAGGACGGGCGUGGGCCCAGCAUCUGGGACGUGUAUGUUAGCAUUCCCGGGAUUAUUGCGAAUAAUGCGACUGCGGACAGGACUGUGGAUGAGUACCAUCGAUACAAGGAAGAUGUAAACAUCAUGAAAAAGAUGAAUUUUGAUGCAUAUCGUUUCUCAAUCUCAUGGUCACGGAUUUUUCCAGAUGGCACGGGGAGGGUAAAUUGGAAAGGGGUUGCAUAUUACAACCGGUUGAUAAACUACAUGAUAAAGCAAGGCAUCACUCCAUAUGCAAAUCUCUAUCAUUAUGAUCUCCCAGAAGCACUCGAGAAGAAAUAUUUAGGCUUGUUAAGCCACAGGGUUGUAAAGGAUUAUGCGGAUUAUGCAGAUUUUUGUUUCAAACAUUUUGGCGAUAGAGUAAAAAACUGGAUGACAUUCAACGAGCCAAGAGUUGUAGCUGCUCUCGGAUAUGAUGAAGGUAGUUUUGCUCCUGCACGAUGCACAAACUGCACUGCUGGUGGAAACUCUGCUACAGAGCCUUACGUUGUUGCUCAUAAUAUGAUCCUUUCUCACGCUGCUGCAGUGAAGAGAUACCGUGACAAAUAUCAGGCUACACAGAAAGGCAGGAUAGGAAUUCUCUUGGAUUUUGUUUGGUAUGAACCUUUAUCAAACUCGACUGACGAUCAAGCUGCGGCUCAAAGAGCCAGGGAUUUCCAUAUCGGAUGGUUUCUUCACCCUAUAAUAUAUGGAGAAUACCCGAAAAAUUUGCAGGAAAUCGUCAAAGAUAGGCUCCCAAAGUUCAAUCCAAACGAGGUUAAAAUGGUCAAAGGUUCCAUAGAUUUUGUGGGAGUUAACCAAUACACAGCUUACUAUAUGUAUGAUCCUCAUACUCCAUUGAAAGCAAAACCUAGUAGCUAUGCUGUCGACUGGAGAGUUGGAUUUGCUUAUGAUCGUAAUGGAGUGCCAAUUGGACCACGGGCAAACUCUAAGUGGCUCUACAUCGUGCCAUGGGGAAUGUACAAGGCCGUUACAUAUGUUAAGGAAAACUAUGGCAACCCUACCGUUAUUCUAUCUGAAAAUGGAAUGGAUGAUCCCGGUAAUGUCACACUUCAAGUUGGGCUACACGAUACAACAAGGCAAAAUUACUACAAGAGCUACAUUACCGAGCUCAAGAGGGCAAUUGAUGAUGGAGCAAAUGUGAUAGGUUAUUUUGCUUGGUCAUUGCUUGAUAACUUUGAGUGGAAGUCUGGAUAUACUUCAAGGUUCGGUUUGGUCUAUGUGGACUUCAAAACCCUGAAGAGGUACCCUAAGAUGUCAGCGUAUUGGUUUAGGGAUAUGCUUCAGAGAAAGAAGCAUUAAUAGUUUGCUAUAAACUUGUUAUUUAGAGUGAAUUACCCCGUUUGUCGUUCAUCGGGGUGGUUGUACUUUACAUCAUCACGUAUACGUCUGGUUAUAGAGAGGUUUAGUAGUUGAAUAAGAGUAAAUUGGACUAGAUUCGGUAUGAAUCUAGGAUUUUAAUUCUCUCUUUGUUAUGAGGAUGCUAAUGUAGAAUGAAGCAAUGAUCAACCUCAGUGAAGAAAGCAUACUUUGGUUAAACGAGCUUAAAUUAUGUUGAUCCA